AUGAAUAUAAAAGAAUUCAUGCACUUAUUGGGCUCUAAUGGUCCGGGCCCGNGCCAACGACUUCGUGGUCUGUUGAGAAAGAAAUUACCUGGGGCUGCUGCGUUGGCACAAAUGAAGCUAGAAGUUGAGAGUUCACAUAAUGUCAUCAGUGCAUCCCAUCCCAGAAAAACUCCUUCAAAAAGUGAUAGCCUGCAAGAAUCUGAGUUUCUUUCCAAAAAAUUACAGGUGUUGGAAGAAGAAACAAGGACAUUGAAAGGAGCAUUGGCCUCAAGUAAUGCUGAACUGCAGGCUUCUAAAAACUUGUAUGCUAAAACAGUUGGCAGACUUAAGCACUUGGAAGCAGAGAGGCAUCAAGAAAGAAGCACCCAGAAAGCAAUUUUGGCAAACAAUUAUGAAAACUCCUUUAGAAGAAUUUACAGCUACUCACCGAGCAUUACUUCUAUCUCUGAUAAUGGACAUGAGGAUCCAGAAAGUCCUGUUGAGUCCUGUGCAACAUCAAUUAUUGACCAUUCUGAUAUAAAUAGAAUUGGAAGUGUAGGUAAAUUUGAGAAUCAUAGGAGUGAAACUGUCUCAGAACUGAUGGAUGACUUUUUGGAAGUGGAGAAGAUGGCAUGUUUAUCAGACAAUGGUGGUGUACCUCUUGGCAUCAUUAGUAAAACUAGAGAUACAGCCGAAGAUAAAAAGGAGACUAGUUGUUUAUCUUCAAAUCAAAAUUGUUUUGACACGACGAACCAAACUGAAAGUAAUAACCCCGAUAAGGCAGCUGAACAUGAUGUGCAUAUGCAAGAUCUUGAAGAAAAAAAGCUGAUGUUACAGGAAAACAUGCAACUUCUAGAAGAACUGAAAGCACAAUUGGCGUCGUCCCACAAAUCAUGCAGUUUAACUGAAAUUCAGCUGAAAUGUAUGACCGAGUCUUACAAGUCGCUUCAAACUCGUGUAGAGGAGUUAGAAACUGAAAAUAAGUAUUUAAAGGAAAAGAUGGACGAGCUAAAGAAUGAUCUUACAGAGGAAAAACAAAGUCAUCACGAUGCUUUGGUGAGAUACAAAGAAAUUGAGGAGAAAAUGCAAAGGGACCCGUGCUCGGUGUGUGCAUCGAAUUCAACAGCAAACUCCGGGAAGGAUAAAGAGCUAGCAGCUGCAGAGAAAAGGCUGGCAGAAUGCCAGGAGACUCUUUCUAUACUUGGUAGACAGUUGCAAGCCAUGUGUCCCCAGAUAGGUGUAACCACGACCCAUCAUAGUAAAAGGCUUCAAGUGAAUGAAAAGUUAGCCAAACCAUCUUAUGGCUGGUCUAAUUCUUACGGAUCCUGUAACUCAAAUGAAAUUGAGCAUGCUGAGGCAUGUAGCGUUGUGGCUGAUGAGUUUUCAUCUCAAAACUCUGGUGCGACAUCAUGCCUUUCGGACACCGAAGGCAACUUUUGGUUAAACUCCUAAGUUAUAUGCUUUCUGAAUCAAAUUCCUAU